GGGGGAGAGGGUGGAGGGGGUGUCCAGGAGGGUAGCAGGAGUGGAGGGGACGCUUCGCCAUGGAAUAUGAAGUCAAGAAAGGGAAAAAGGGCUUCGUAUCCCCCAUCCGGAGGCUGGUGUUCCCCAAGGCCGGGCGCCGGGCAGCCUGUCGGAGCAGUGUGAGCCGCCGGCCCCUGCACUCCAUGCCCCUCUAUCCCCCGGACUACCUCAUCGACCCCCAGAUUCUGCUGUGUGACUACCUGGAGAAAGAGGUCAAGUUCCUGGGCCACCUCACCUGGGUCACCUCCUCACUGAACCCCUCCAGCCGGGACGAGCUCCUGCAGCUGCUGGACACGGCCAGGCAGCUGAAGGAGCUGCCGCUGAAGACCACAGCGGAGCAGGACAGCAUCCUGAGCCUGUCCGCCCGCUGCCUGCUGCUCACCUGGCGCGACAACGAGGAGCUCAUUCUGCGCAUCCCCACGCACGAGAUCGCCGCCGCCUCCUACCUGCAGGACGACGCGCUGCACCUGCUAGUGCUUAAGACCGGUCUGGGUGUGGACCCGGUGCCGGCCGGCGUAGACGCCAGCCCCGGCGGCGCGGGGCGCGACCCGGGUCCGCCGGGCGCGGCGCCCGAGAAGCGGCGGGUGGGCACCACGGAACGACGCCACACCAUCUGCAGCCUGGACUGGAGGAUGGCGUGGGGCGGGGGCGCGGGCGCCGAGGCCCGGGCCGGGGGCGGCGGCGGCGGCAGCCUGGAGCGCCAGCGCGCCGGGGCGCGGGCGUCUGGCAGCUGGGAGCGGCGGCAGACGUUCAGCGGCAGCUGGGAGCGGCGGCACGGCGGCGGCGGCGGCGGCGCGGGCAAGCUGGGCGGCAGCUGGGAGCGGAGGCAGGCGGGCGGCGGCAGCUGGGAGCGGCGCCACCCGGGCCCCAACCCGCUGGACCCGCAGGACCCCAGCCCCGACGCCUACUGCAACCUCGUCAUCCUGGCAGUGGCCAACAGGGAUGCUGCCGAGGAGUCCUGUGCCCUCAUCUGUCAGGUCUUCCAGAUCAUCUAUGGGGACCAGAGCAUCGAGUGCGUGGACCGGGCUGGCUACCACUACACAUCCACACCCGAACGGCCCUGGCUCUGCAGCCGCAGUGACAGCUGCCGCACGGACGGGACUUACGCCUACGACGCUGACUUCAGCUGCUGCAGCUCCUUCAAUGGCUCCCAGGACACAUUUGAAGCAUGUUACAGCGGCACGUCCACACCCUCUUUCCAUGGCUCCCACUGCAGCAGCAGCGACCACAGUGGCCUGGGCCUCGAGCAGUUGCAGGAUUACAUGGUCACGUUGCGGAGUAAGCUGGGGCCGCCCGAGAUCCAGCAGUUUGCACUGCUGCUGCGGGAGUACCGGCUGGGGCUGCCCAUUCAGGACUACUGCGCGGGGCUGCUGAAGCUCUAUGGGGAGCGGCGAAAGUUCCUCCUUCUCGGGAUGCGGCCCUUCAUCCCGGACCAGGACAUCGGCUACUUCGAGGGCUUCCUGGAGGGCGUGGGCAUCCGCGAGGGUGGCAUCCUCACCGACAGCUUCGGCCGCAUCAAGCGCAGCAUGAGCUCCACGUCGGCGUCGGCCGUGCGCAGCUACGACGGCGCGGCCCAGCGGCCCGAGGUGCAGGCCUUCCACCGGCUGCUGGCCGACAUCACGCACGACAUCGAGGCGCUGGCCCCCGACGACGACGACAGCACGGACGAGGAGGCGCGGGGCUCCCCCGGCGGGGAUGACGCGGCCGAGGACAACUACCUGUAGCCUGUAGUCACGCCCAUGCGCAACCCAGCCUCUGGGUCCCCUCCACUCAUUCUUGCCCGUGCGGCCCCCUCCCCAGGGGCCCCUCCUCACACCCCGACGCGGGGCCUGCGCUCUCCCAGGUCUCGGUCCCCGCCCUCGGGGCUCUGGCCCCUGCAGUACCGAGAAUGUCCUGCAGGGGGCGGGGCUAUAAGCCCUGGGCAGUCGCCCGAGGAUCAGCGGGCCCUCUGCCCCCCGCAGGUGGGCUGCGUCCUUCUUUGUCCCGCUAGUUCGUAGGCUCGGCCCCGGACACCGACUCCUCCCCGCGACUCGGCGCUUUCUAGAGGCCAAGGCAGGGAUGAAGAGUGGGCUCCACCUGCUGGCCGACUGAGAAAACAGUUCCAGAGACCUCUGCUCCUCCCGGUUUACAGCUGGAGAAACUGAGGUUCAAAAGAGAAGGGACUUGAGGGGAUCUCCUAAUAUCUUAUUACCUCGAACUGGCCAUGCUAGUAUAGACGGUCUUUAUAAGCCUCUAAAUGGCAGAGUCUCCCCUCCCCUGAUGGCAGGAAUUGGAUCAUCAGAGUGCGAUGGAGGUUUUUCUCUACUGAGAGUUGACCCAGAGGUGGUGACCUGGGGUCCUGGCCCGAGGACUCUGAGCAGGUAGAUCUUGGACUGGGAACCAGGCAGACCUAGGCCUCCUCCUGUUGUUGUCCUGGCCUCUCUGUGCCUCCUGUUUCCUCAUCUGUCUGGCGAGAUGGGCCCACCUACCUAAAGGGUGGUCAUGGGUAUUAACGAAGGUCAGGACCUUCGUGCUGGGUCUAGCAUGUGAUAAGUGCUCAGUAAAUGCCCCUCUCUUCCACAUC